AUGGUGAGUCUGGGACAUAAGUGUCCCAGAGUCGCCAUUCACCUCAAGGCCAUCCAGUCACCCCGCCACCCGCCCGCCCGGCCGCCACCGGUCGCCCCGCCACUGGUCAUCCGGCGCCACCGAUCGCCUGGCCGCCGGUUGCCCCGCCGGUUGCCCCCGCCACCGGUCGCCCGGCCACCACCGGUCGCCGGCCGCUGCCGGUCGCCCUGCAGGUCGCCCCACACCGGUCCUCUGGCCGCCACCGGUCACCCCACUGGUCGUCUGGCCGCUGCCGGUCGCCCCAUCACCGGUCGUCCGGCCGCUGCCGCCGGUUGUCCGGCCGCCGCCACGGUCGCCCCGGCCACCGGUCGCCCCGCCGGUCGCCUCGCCGGUCUUCUGACCGCCACCAACAGUCGACCUGCUGCGGCUGGCAAUUGUCCCGUCGGCUGA